UGGUGAAGACCUGCAGUUCCUGCUGCCACCAUCUGAAGGUGGUGCUGCACCCGGGGAGUCGGCCGGGGGGCCUGAGGCCAAGCCGCGCCCCAGGUGAGCCCAGCUGUCCUUUGCAGCUGACGCGCUGGCACGCUGGGCUCCAGGCAGAGAGGGCCAUUCAGACUCUGGUCCCUCAGUCAUUUGCAUUAAUAGAAAGGUGCCGGGGACAGAUGUUGCCAGAAACAAGUAUUUCUGUUUGGCUUGAAUCUGUUUUAUACUUACAUUUGAAUUUUACAGAAACUUAACCCAGAGGGGAGUAAAAACUUGCAUAAUGAGCAUGUGUCUGCUCUUUGCACUGUUCUAGGUGCUGGGGACACAAAUGAACAAACCGGUAACUAUGUACCAUGAUGUCAGGUGGUGAUAGAUGCCAAGGAAGGGACGGAGGGUGCCAUCGGGAGGGCUUCUCGGCUGAGGUCCCAUCUGCCCUGCAGUCUGAUGCCUGUUCAGCCCUCCAACCACCUGGAAUGGAAUGAGUCUAUGCACUCCCUCCGGAUAAGUGUGGGGAGCCUUCCUGUGCUGGCGUCCAUGACCAAGGCUGCGGACCCCCGCUUCCGCCCCCGCUGGAGGGUGAUCCUGCCGUCCUUCGUGGGCGCCGCCGUCCUCUGGCUGCUCUACUCACACCGCCCACCCCCAGGCAGGCCACCCGCACCCAAUGCCCACAACUGGAGGCUCGGCCAGGCGCCUGCUGACCGGUACAACGACACCUACCCACUGUCUGUCCCCCAAAGGACGCCAGGCGGGACUCGGUACCGAAUCGCUCUUAUCGCUGACCUGGACACAGAGUCAAGGGCCCAAGAGGAAAAUACCUGGUUCAGUUACCUGAAGAAGGGCUAUCUGACCCUAUCAGACAGCGGGGACAAGGUCACCGUGGAGUGGGACAUAGGUCACGAGGUCCUGGAGUCCCAUCUGGCAGAAAAGGGGCGGGGCAUGGAGCUGUCUGAUCUGAUCGUCUUCAAUGGGAAACUCUACUCCGUGGAUGACCGGACAGGGGUUGUCUACCAGAUCGAAGGCACCAAGGCUGUUCCCUGGGUGAUUCUGUCCGAUGGCGACGGAACCGUGGGGAAAGGCUUCAAAGCUGAGUGGCUGGCUGUGAAGGACGAGCAUCUGUAUGUGGGCGGCCUGGGCAAGGAGUGGACCACCACCACGGGGGAGGUGGUGAACGAGAACCCGGAGUGGGUGAAGGUGGUGGGCUGCAAAGGCAGCGUGGCCCACGAGAACUGGGUGUCCAGCUACAAUGCCCUGCGGGCCGCUGCUGGGAUCCGACCACCAGGCUACCUCAUCCACGAGUCCGCCUGCUGGAGCGACACACUACAGCGCUGGUUCUUCCUGCCGCGCCGCGCCAGCCACGAGCGCUACAGCGAGCGGGACGACGAGCGCAAGGGCACCAACCUGCUGCUCAGCGCCGCCCAGGACUUCGGCGACAUCUCCGUCAGCCGCGUGGGGGAGGUGGUCCCCACGCACGGCUUCUCCUCCUUCAAGUUCAUCCCCAAUACCGACGACCAGAUCAUCGUGGCCCUCAAGUCCGAGGAGGACAGCGGCAAGGUCGCCACCUACAUCAUGGCCUUCACGCUUGACGGACGCUUCCUUCUGCCGGAGACCAGGGUCGGAGGGGUCAAGUACGAAGGCAUAGAAUUUAUUUAAGCCGGAGAAAUGAAGACGUUGAACUGGGCUGAGGAGUGGACAGUUUUAAGCUACAUCAGGACUCAAAUUUGAUAAAAACCAGAGGACGGCACUUUUACGUGGUGUUUUGUUUGCUUUCCUCCUCUCCUGAACUCGGGCGGAUGCGCGGUGCAGAGAUCUCCAGGCUGAUCGGGGAGUCAGCGCCGUGCUGAGCCCUGUGCUCCCCAGCGGCCUUCUGUGCUGCCGCCUGGUGGUAGAAGCAGAUCAUUGCAGGCAUCUUAAUUUGGGGCCCAUGCUCUCUAAUUCUGCUAGGCCCUUCCUUCCUUCCAUCUGACCUCCCUGUCUUCCUUUCCGUUUGUCCUUUUGUUCAAUAAAUCUUUCUUGAGCUCUUCCUCUGUGUCAAGCACCGUGCCCCUGACAGGGAGUCCGAAGUGAACCUGCUCGUAGGAACUCCCAGGCUACCCCUUUUCUUUCCUCGUGAACCUCGGGCAUUAAACCCACCCCCCAGGCCCUCGGGAAGGCACCUGUGUCCCCGGCAGGAUGCUCAGGGCUGUGAGCGAGGGCAGGCCCGGGGUCGCCCGGCCCCUCCCCGUCCCACCCUCAUGGCAGACAUCUCAACUUCAUGGGGCCGACCCAUGUUCUCCUUCAGGAAAAUUCAGUGGCCACGUAGCACUUUGAAGUUUUAAUUAUUAACUUCUUUUAAUUAAAGCAGUUUCGUUUGUCAUAAAAUUGAAUCUCCAAGUCUUAUCAGGCAGGGCGCCCCGCAUGGUUAAAUUCAUUCCCAGCAGUGGAGGAAAUUGUAAUUAAGCAGUUAAGAGUUGGCAAGACAAGUGUUUAAUUGUUUCUAAGUCCUUGGCCAGAGGUUACAAAGAUAAAGAAGGCCUUGCCUUUUUCUAGGCACUGUCAGAAAUUGUUGUGCCUUUAAAGCCCCCCAGGAAUGACACUUUCCUUUCCUGACGGUGAGGCCGGGUCUGAGGGCCGCGGCCGCCGCUGGGCUCCUUUACUCCGGAGCUUGUGGACGAGGCCUCCCUGGCCCUGCGCUUUCUGUCCCUGGCCUUUUAUUUCUCCUCUUCCCUCUGGAGCUUUGCCGCCUCCUCUCCGUGGAAAGUCUUCACGAAACCUUGGCUUGUCUUUGUCCCUGUGGCCUCUUCUCAGUGCUCCAGGGUGAAGACUGAGGGUUCGGCACACGCCAGCCAGGACCAAAGCCUAGAGGGGCUGCUGCAUCCGUGCCCCUCGCCAGAAGCUACCUCACCCUCGGGACGAUGUGGGGGUCCGUGAUGGCCGGGAAGGGCCGUCUCUUGGGCUCUGACUGUUACUGUGCGGCUCCGUCUCACAGGCUUUUCCCACUCGGAAACUUUAACACAGCCGCUAGCAGGGGCCCCAGUAAGGACGGCCAUCUGUCUGUCGUCUGGUCGUCUGUUUCUUCCAAACAGACGGCAGAAGAACGGAAAACAAGCUGUUGAAGGUGACACGUUUCUCUAGAACUCGGCUCCCACUGGGCACAGCCUGGAGGACCCAAGUCUUUUCUGACUUUGCCUGCCCGGGCUCCCUGGCUCACCUCCGUGUUGAACGUCAGUGAUGUUAGGGCUGUGUGACUUUAGAAAUACAGAGACGAGACCAGGAAAGUUGGAGGACUUGGGACAGUCACUAAGUUGAGAGCUUUCUGCCUCAGCCACGGCCUAGGUGCCCAGAAGCAGCAUUUUCACCCAAUCAGUGAUUUUCAAAUAUUUUAAAGCUAGCCUCCCCCCCCCCCACCCCAUAUUCGCUGCUGUAAGCAUAAUGAUUGUGUUCCUUCCUACUGGAGCCAUUGUUUUGUAAACAAUAAAGUGCCAGAGGGGA